CCCUAUGCCCGCGCGCGCGGCAACUAGGGUGGUGGAGGGCGCGCCAUCGGGGGGCGUGGCCUUGGCGCCCCGAGGGGGCGUCCUCCGGGCGGGGCUGGCCGCGGCCGCCCCCGCGGGCUCCGGUGCGUCAAGGGCGCGUCAGGCGGGGCGGGGCGGGCCGAGCGCGGGCGGCGGGCGGCGGCGCGCGCCGGGCCUCCUCCUCCUCCCCCCGCACUCGAGCAGCCGCCGCCGGCCGGAGGGACAUUGCUCCCGCUGCCUCCGCUCCACACGCUGCGCCCUCGCCGUGGGCCCGAAACCGGCAUGUCGGCGGCUGUGGCCUGCGUGGAUUACUUCGCCGCCGACGUCCUCAUGGCCAUCUCCUCGGGUGCCGUGGUGCACCGCGGGCGGGCCAGCCCCGAGGGCGCGGGCCCCUCGGCCAGCCUGGAGGUGCGCGCGGCGCGCCGUGAACCCGCCUCGCCCGGCAUCCCGGGGCCACCUCCGCCGCCCCCCGCUGCUCCCUCUGGCCCGAGCCCGAGUGGCGCCUCCGCCGCCGCGCCCCACCUGCUGGCAGCCAGCAUCCUGGCCGACCUGCGGGGCGGGCCGGGAGCCGCCCCAGGGGGCGCCUCGCCGGCCUCCUCCUCCUCGGCCGCCUCCUCUCCGACCUCUGGCCGCGCCCCCGCCAAUGCCGCCGCCAAGAGUCACCGCUGUCCCUUCCCGGGGUGCGCCAAAGCCUACUACAAAUCCUCGCACCUAAAGUCGCACCUGCGGACUCACACAGGUGAACGGCCCUUCGCCUGUGACUGGCCAGGGUGUGACAAGAAAUUCGCGCGCUCCGACGAGCUGGCCCGCCACCACCGGACGCACACGGGCGAGAAGCGCUUCCCCUGCCCGCUCUGCUCCAAGCGCUUCACCCGCAGCGACCAUCUGACCAAGCAUGCCCGCCGCCACCCCGGCUUCCGGCCCGAGCUGCUGAGGCGCCCCGGCCCGCGCAGCACCUCGCCCAGCGACUCCCUGCCCUGCAGCCAGGCGGGCAGCCCGGCCCCCAGCCCGGUGCCCAGCCCUGCACCUGCCGGCCUGUAAGAUCCCAGGCUCCAGCCUGGGCUCGGCCCCACCAGACCUCGGCGGUGUGCGGCAGGACCACCAGCAACAGGGCCCACUUGUCCUCCUCCAGGGCUUCCUGGGUGGGGACCCACGUGGACCCCAGCUCCCUGGCCGCUACCAUCCCUGUUAAGACACAGGAGGGGCCCGGUGUUGGGCCUGGGCUCCCCACCACCCAUGGAGGUGGCCUGGGACGGGUCCUCAGGGCCCGACCUGUAAAUAGCCAUGACUGUCAACUCUUCCCAUCUGUUCCCAGGGGACCUUGGGUGACCAGCCCUCCCCCUCCCCACUGCCACCACCCCGUCUUCCCCCAAGGUAUGGGGUUCAGGGGUGGAGCGUGGCCCAGGGGAGCCCCAUACCCAGUGAGGUCCCUGGACCACCAGGCUGCUCCCUCCAGGUUGGGAAGAAGUCUGCACAGAGCCAUAGCUGACCAGGGGUUCCUGUGGGCCACUGCCUGUCCCUGCCCCACCCCACCAAAAGCCAUUGGAGAUGUUCAGGGAAAUGGGGGGUGCCGCCUGGCCACCCCCCUACUCGGGUACUCAAUCUCAGGUAUCCACAGAUGGUGCCCCUGGGAGGGAGGGUGGCCAAGCCCCCCAGGCCUGCCCAGGAGAUGGGAGGUAGGGACUGGUGUGGUCUCCCCGGGGAGUGCUUGGGGUUUGCUUUGGGGAGCCCAUGGUGGGCAGGGGAGGCAGACGGGGUGUGAAUGGUGGUUUAUUUAUUUUCCUGGCUCUGCUGGCAUGGGGCAGGCGCCUCCUUCGGGUGCCUGUGCUUGUGUGUGUGAGCGUGUGACUGAGAGACUGACUGUGAGGGAGUUUGGACAGGCGUCCCCGCUCCUCCCGCUGGGCAGGGUCUCUGAUUUUGGCCUUCAAGGCACUGUGACUGACAAUCUCAUACAGGAAUCUCCUGGUCAUUGGGGUGGAUGCGAUGUCCCCCUGUCCCAAAGCUGGGCAGUAGACCCCAAGGCACAGGCGCGGCAGGGCCUUUUGAAUUGUCGCUGUCUGCUUUGGAAGCCCUGUCCCUCCGGGGCGCCUGGAGGGGGCCUCUGGGCCCUGGGCAGUGAGCAGGAGGCCUGGCUGUUGAGCCUGCUGGGUAGCUUUUUUUUUUUUUUGGACGGAUAGAGUAUUUUUUCAGGCACCAAGUCCCCUUGUCCAUCAGGUCCCUGUGGGUGCUGCUCCCUAGUCCUCAGGGGUGUGGGGCGGGGGGGAUCCCGGGCUGAACAUGAGGCUGGGGUAAGCAGCUGUUCCUUAGGGGUGACUUGCUGGGGUCCACAGUCCGGGCUUUCUGCUGUGGCGUGGAUUUCCUUGGGGUAGGGGGCCCCUGCACCCUGCUAGGAAGGGGACCCAGGUUUCCUGCACAAGACCUGGGAAGGGUGGCCACCGGCGGCCAUCUGAGUGGCUUUCAAGGUCUUCCUGUCUCUGAUGGGGUGGCUCUGGGGCCCGGGUAAAGGCUGUGGGGCCUGGGGCCUGGUGGAGGGGGCUGGGCGUGCCCUUCUGGAGCUGGGCUCGGAGGGCCACCGGCCUCCAGGGCCCACUGUCAGGGAUGCCAGGCCCGGUGCCCACAGCCCUGCCUCCUCCCGUGGCAGCGUUAGUGAGAUGCCUUAGUCCGUGGGUGGGGCGGGGGCUGGGGCUGCGUGUCCCUUGUGUCUCUUGAUGUCCUGCUUGGUCCUGGCGUGUCCCCGUGUUUGCCCUCUGCAAAGGUCAGGACUGCAGUUCAAGGGCCCAGGAAGCCCAGAAUAGUGCUGUCCUCCCAUCUGCUGUCAAGGGGUUGGGACAGACCCGAAUCUGCUCUUCCCCCUCCCUGGGAACCAGGGGUCACUGGGACCCGGUCCCACAUGUGGCCUCUGAGGGGUGGGCAGGAGGGACCCCCGGAAACGGCUUUCCGUGGGUGGUGCCCCUCCCCCACCCUGCCUGGGCUCCUCGUAUUUAAUGAAGCCCUUUUUAAAAGCC